GCGCCGUAGCGCCCGGCAACCUGACCCCGGGAUCAAUGGUUCGAAGCCGCCGCGGGUCAGUCGUGCUGCAAGGCGCGCUACAUGUCGGGGUGUCCGGCCGGGAUUCCCUGCUCCUCCCGCCAUGUAUCCCGAGCUAGCCACCGCUCUGUUAGCCCUGCUACUCUACUACAACACCUGGGACGCAGACUUCGCCUACGACGACAGCCGUGCAAUAUUGAAGAACCAAGAUCUCCAGCAAGACACGCCCCUCACGGACCUUUUCUUCGACGACUUCUGGGGGACGCCGCUUACCCACAGUGGCAGCCACAAGUCCUACCGGCCGCUCUGCGUCAUCUCUUUCCGUAUCAACCACUACUUCGGCGGGCUCAACCCGUGGGGAUACCACUUCACAAAUACCGUUCUACACGCGGUAGUGACUGCACUGUUCACGCACGUAGCCGGUGUGUUCUUGCAGAGAACUAGGGUGAAAUUGUUGGCCGGUUUCCUGUUCGCCUCUCACCCCAUUCACACAGAGGCGGUCGCGGGAGUUGUAGGGAGGGCGGACGUCGGCGCAUGCCUGUUUUUCCUUCUCUCGUUCCUUUCCUACACAAGAUACUGUCGACAGAGGGACAAGACGUUAUCUAGAGAAGAGGUCGAUGUGGUGAAGUGGCUAUGGCUGUUGUGCAGCAUUCUGUGUACUACAGCGAGUAUGCUGACCAAAGAACAAGGCAUCACAGUGCUGGCUGUCAAUGCAGUUUACGAUGUGUUCGUAUGCAGCCGUCUCCGAUUACAGGAUCUUAUUCCUGCUCUGUAUAAGGAAAAACACAGGAAUGUUCGUGAAGGUGUUCUGUCGACGGCGGCAUGCGGUGCGCUCCUGCUAGGAUUCCGUGUCUACUUCAUGGGAAACAAACCCCCGGAGUUCGCACCUUCAGACAACCCAGCAUCAGACUCUGACAGCCUCUUAGCGAGAACUUUGACCUUUAACCUAUUACCUUCGCUGAAUAUGUUGUUGCUUUUAUAUCCACGGUUGCUGAGUUUUGAUUGGUCGAUGGAUGCAAUCCCCCUGGUGGAAUCUGUAUGGGACGUGCGGAACCUCUGCACUUUGACCUUCUAUUUGACCUUGGCAGUAGUUGCCGUGCACUGUAUCAUUGAGAUCAGUAGAACUCCACAGACGGAACACAGUAGUGUUAAAAGUAAUGGAGUCGCUCACAAUUCCGUGUAUGGAAAUGGCAUCACAGAACACAAACAUUCGCCAUCGUCUAGGAAACAUUCGAGUAACUUGUCGCCAACUUCGACCCCCAAGGUCAACUCAAGACAUUCCACGGAGACGAGGUCGCUCCACGUUCUGUUACUUUCCACUGCCAUCUUGGUGUUUCCCUUCGUUCCCGCGUCAAACCUGUUUUUCUACGUGGGAUUCGUGAUAGCAGAGCGCGUGCUGUACAUUCCGAGCAUGGGGUUCUGUUUACUGGUCGCCGAGGGGACCCACGUUCUGUACGAGGCAGCGGGACGGACGUGGAAGAAGGUGGUUGUCAUGGCAACGGUGAUGCUGGUCGUGCUGUACAGCGCGAGGACGGUGGUUAGGAACGAAGACUGGCACAAUGAGGAGGCACUGUACCGGUCCGGCAUCAAAGUCAACCCAGCUAAAGCGUGGGGAAACCUGGCUAACAUCUUGAAGACACAAGGAAACAUAGACGAGGCAGAACAGGCCUACAGGAACGCUCUACAACACAGAGGCAACAUGGGAGAUGUGCACUAUAACCUUGGAAUACUGUUGCAGGAGGGUAAGAGAUACCAGGAAGCGAUCCAGAGCUACCAGAUGGCCAUUCAGUGUAGACCUCGACUAGCAAUGGCACAUCUCAAUCUAGGCAUAGUGCUGAGCACUCUGGGAAAAACAGAGGAGGCCGAGAAAGUUUACAGGCACGCAGCCACACUGGACGACCAUGGCCUGAAGGACCCCAAGGCCCACGCUACAGGGGUGAUAUCAGCCAUAUACAACCUGGGGAGACUACAGCACGACCAGGGCCGAUACUCGGAGGCAAUAGAGACAUACAUGGAAGCAAUAAGAAGAAGGCCCAGUCAUUAUGCACCCCAGAGUCUCUACAAUAUGUUAGGUGAGUCUCUGUUCAAGAACAGCCAGCUUGCAGAAGCGGAGGAAUGGUUCAAGAAGUCGCUGGCUGCCAAACCUGACCACGUGCCGGCACAUCUUACUUACGCCAAGCUCAUGGCGAAAACGAACCGUGCAGCUGAAGCAGAGCUGAUGUACCAGAAAGCGAUGGAGCUGGACUCCAACAGUGCUACAGUACAUCAGCACUAUGGGCAGUACAUGGCAGAGACUGGUAGAAGUGAGGAGGCAGCGGACAUGAUGGUUAAAGCAGUGGAGCUCGGCAGUCCCGAGUUCGAAACCAUCUUUAACGCUGCCAAUGCUUUACGGCAAGCUGGCAGACACGAGGAUGCUGAGAAAUACUACAAACAGGCCACGCAGCUGAAACCUGAGGUUGCCAGUGCCCAUAUGAACCUGGGAGCCAUCCUACACCUGAACGGCAAGUACGUGGAGGCGGAGACAAGCUACCUUAGGGCGCUGGAGCUCAAGCCUGAUGAUACCAUGACCAUGCAGAACCUGAAGAAGCUGCGGACUAUCCUGAACAAGCAGAGUAGACGUUAGAGUUAACGUUAGUUCACCUUUAUCCGCGGGGUAACCUAUGUUUGGUGCUUUUAAAAACAAGGUCGUCGUAGAUGUCACACUGACGGACGUUGGUUUCAAAUUGCAAUAUUUUCAGUAUAUUGCAGUUUAAAACUGCAAUCCAUCGGCUUGAUGUGCCUAAAUACCCUGUUUUGAAAAACAACUGUUAUAGGUUACCCCGCGGAUAAAGGUGAACUUAAAUGUUAGACCACUCCUAGGCACAGAAUCUAUAAUAGUUGUUUCUCUGUGUAUUGUUAAAUUAUCUUGUAUGCAGUUAGUCCUUGGACGAAAAAUUGCUUAUUGAGAAUGGGAACUAAUUUCAAGUCCAAAAAAUCUUCGUGACAUGAAAUUCAUGAAAAUGUAUUUUCCUAAGCUUUGAAUAUCAGAUUUGGCAACAAAAAUUAGUAACAUGCGCUCCCAAACAAUGAGUGGGAUGAAAAAAAUUUAAAACCUGAAUAUAUUGUAUCUAUAUUGUAUGUAAGCCAUUGCUAAAUCAUCUUGUAUGUACAUGUAGUUUGGAACUCUUCUGAAUGAAGGAAAGUGUUCCAAACUCUUUGUAAACUCUUUCCACUAGCUGAGCAACUGUUUAGUGAUGGUUGAGCGACUAGAACUGGAUUUGCAUAACCAUUGUUUUUACAAUUGGAAAAUGAUUCAUGAUGUUAAAGUGUGAUUUAAAAGACAACAAAAUAUUUUUAAAAUCAGUGUUUGUCAAUGAAAUUCAUUGAGCAAACUGUCAAUAAUUUUUGUUAGCCCAGCAGUCAAUCAGUUGUCAAUAUCAUGCAAUGC